CGCGAGAUCGCCGAGCUGCGUGCGCGCCGCUUUCCAUCGUGUUAUUGUUAAUAAUAGUGCAGUAAUUGCCUAAGGCGGAUUUGGUCAAUGAAUAUUGUGUGUACAAUGAAUACACUGACAUAUAUUUUGUUUCAGUGUUAUGCAUUGUGUGAAAAAAAUGUGGAUAAGUGUAAUUCGUGUGCUAAGACAUCCCCGAUUUAGUUGAUUGUUUAGUGAAAUACGUCUGUACCAAAUGUUAGUGACUAUUGUAAACAGAUUACAAUUUUGAUCGACCUUUACGCUUCCGGUCCUUAGUCGGUUUAAAGCCAUCACUGUUUGUUAUUCGAUGCCUUAUCCUUGAUGUAACUAGGUCGAGCUGUAAAUAUGGCGGAAGAGGACACGCUCAAGAUAUACUGGGACCAUUUCUUUAAGGCCGAAACUGGCACUUACGAGAAAUCCACCUGGCUGGAUUUGUUCCUAGCGGAGUUUUUGAUCCGCGUUAAUGAGGGGGCCAAUCCUAAGGAGUUGAUCAAGUUUUGCCCCGUGAGCGGCGUGGUAUCGCUUGUGGGGUGCGAGCUGCUCUGCGGCAUCCACCGUGUGACGUCGUCGGUGUCCGCGUUGGCUGCGCCGCCGCUGCCCACGAGAGAUGCGCAAUGCUCCGCGAAGACGCCUGCGCCAGAUCAGGUGUUUGCGUCUUCGCUCACCGAAGAAGAAGCUGAUGAUGUAACAGAAAAGAAAGAAGAGUCGCGUGCGCAGUCGACGAGUCUGUUUACGCAGUGCAAUGCGCAGUCGAGUGCGGAGAUACUGCGGCAGUACUUGCUAGGCGGAGUCGCCUGGCGCUGCCUGGAGCUGCUGCGCCUCUUGGGCGUCGAGGGUCUGUCGUGCUGCCGCCAACUGAGCUCCGUGUUGAUCUGGUUGUUCGGCGAGCUGGGUGCUGUUGAGUCUCCUCCGGCCAACGCCAAGGAACAUUCGCCGACCACCAUCCUCAAGUCCAAAACUAAGACUCCCAUACAUCAACUUUUUUCACGCAAAAUUGAGAUAAAAAAAACAGGAUGGCUAAUAAAAGAUUACGUCUAAGGGACUUUACAUGAAAUUAUUGAGGAGCUGGAAAAUAACGAAAACGGUUAGGACGUACCAUCUCAAAUCACAAUGUUGCCUCCAGAGAAC